AUGCGACUCCCGUACGAUAUCCUCGCCCUUCUCCCUCCGCUCGCCCUUGCUCGAGGGGAUCUCUGCGCCUGGGCACGAGUAGACGCGUACAUGUCCCGGGUAGCUACCAAACUGCUGUAUGAGCAGAUCCUGCUAGACGCAUCCUGGAUAUCAAAAGUCGCAGCCCGCUUUCCAGCCUGUGUAACCCGUACCAGCUCAGGCUACCUACUCCUUUCCCAGCUAACCAAAGCCCCUCUGACCCCUCUCCUCCCACUCCAGACGCUCUCCUCCCACCCGGAACUAGCAUCCCACGUCCGCUCUUUCCUCAUCCAGCUCCCCGCGCUCUCCGGCCCCGGGGCAACCUUCCUCCUCUCCCUCCUCUCCCGCACUCUGGAACUAUGUACAAGCCUCCAGACGUUCGCCUGGGAAUGUACGGUCCGCUGUACGGACAGCGUACUGCGCGUCUUGCCCCAGCUCAGGGAACUGAGGGAAAUUCAGCUCAGCAGGCCGACUUGUCCGCUCGUGUACGCCCCCGGCCUGGGCAGGGGAAGGGAAAAAGGGGAAUGGGAGUACCUCUCUUCCUGGAUCGAGAUCGGCACCGCUCCCCCGCUCUCGAAACUGAAGCAUAUCUACCUGCAUCUCCCCCAACCAGGCACUUCAAGCCUCUGGUUCACCUACCUCUCCUCCCUCUCCCUCCCAGCGCCGCUCGAAUCCCUAUACCUUGACGCUCCUGGCGUAGACGCCGAGUCCGUACAGGGGGAGGAGAUGGAGCGGUUUGCCGAGCGGCAGCGGGGACUCCGGGUCCUAGGCUUAGGCGGGGCGGGCGUGGGAGGGAGAGGGGUGAGAGGGGUGUUGAGGGAGUGUAGAGCGCUCAGGGGGCUCGUACUCCGGAGUGUGGUGGAGGAAGGGGAGGAAUGGGAUGUUCUGACGCUGUUGGAGGAAGCGGGUCCGGAACUGAGGUUGGCGGUCGUUAAUGAGGAACAUUAUACGCGCUCGGAGGGUAGGGUGUGGCAGGUUGGGGACCCGAGUUGGGAGGAACUGCAGAGGUUGAAGGAGGAGGCUCGGUGGGGCAGGAAGGACGGGUGGGGAGGGGAAGAGCGGGGGAGUUGGGACUGA